AUGGAUGUUUCAACUCUGAUGCAAAAUCUUAAACAAGAAUUAACCUGCCCGGUGUGUAUUCAUCUGUAUAAAGAACCCAAACAGUUGCCAUGUUUACAUAUUUUUUGCCUUGAAUGUCUGAACGGCUUGGUAAACUCGAAUGCUCAUCAAGGUCAGAUUAAAUGUCCUCUUUGCCAGAUUGGAGUCGCUGUACCCGAUUGUGGUACAAUGGAAACUUUGCCAGACUGUUUUUACUUGAAAAAUCUGCUAGAUCUUUUGGCCAUCAAAGGAUGCAACACAUCAGAGGAUAUUGUAAGACGACCAGAGUUUUGCCAAGAAGAUCUUCACGAAAGAAAAGUUCUCGAUUUUUAUUGUAAAAUGUGUCAAGUACCUGUCUGCCAGAAUUGCGUAACUCUACAGCAUAGCACACACGACGUGGAACAUUUGGAACCAACCGUACAGGCGCUGAAGAGCGAUAUUGAUUGUAAACUCGACUCUGUGAAGAAAUCGUGUCAAAGAUUUUCAGAUUAUAUACGAGAACUAAAUGAAAAGUGUAGUCUUACUGAUCGGCGGCGCCAAAUUGUCAAAGAAAAAAUCCAGGAAACCUUCAAGUCUUUAAUCGUUACUCUACAGGAACAAGAACGUGAUCUGGUGACCCAAGUGGAAAAACAAAGCAACGAAACACAAGAAGAACUUAUGAAACACAAACGUGAAUUUCAAGAAAAAUUGAGCAAGAGCGAGGAAGCGAUCUCGUAUAUAGAACGCUUCGUUGAACGAACCACAGGAGCAGAACUUGUCACCACAAAAACAGUCAUAGAUGAGCUUUUCCAGCAACUCGGAGAGCCACAAGAGAUGCCGCUCCCAGCCAUUGAAAAGAAGAGUUUAACCGUCUUCUUGAAAAACCACGAAGUCCUUAAGGGACUUCAGACGUCGGGAAUUGGUCACCUACAUACCACUACCACUGAAACAGACGUAAAGCAGUGUUUGGUCGGUGGCUAUGACGUAGUUACCGCGGGACUGGAGACAAAGUUCGAAGCGAUCACAAGAAAUUCUGCCGGGGAACAGCUCUAUUCCUCUGCUGAUGACAUUGUUGUUGAAAUUGUAGACUCACAACAUGGAGAACCGGUAGCUGAAUUGAACGUCGUUGACCAGAUUGAUGGAAGGUACGAAAUUUCAUUCAUUCCAAGUAGAGCCAAACAGCAUGUGGUAACUGUGGAAAUCAACGGAGAAACUGUGAGAGAUCUUCUUCCCAUUCACGUCAGAGAACGCACUUUUAAGCCUAUCGUACAUUUUGGAGAACUAAGUAUUGAUGAAAAGAAGUUGAGCUCCCCCUGGGGAGUGACUGUAAGUAACUCGAAUGACAUAUUUGUUUCUGACAUGGACAAUAAUCGAAUACUGGUGUUUAAUGACGAAGGGAACUUUGUCUGGAAGUUUGGAGAAAAAUUUCUCGAAGAACCAACAGGGAUAAGCGUAGAUGAUAAUGGCAGGAUUUUUGUCGCAAACAGAGCGAGUAACAAUAUAUUGAUUUUUGCUCCAGACGGGGAAUAUGUCUCAACCGUCAACAUUGAGGGCUUACUGAAAAAUCCCCGAGGGAUAUGCUUUGAUUCCCAAGGUAACCUCAUUGUCUGUGAUUCGGGGAAUAAGUGUGUCAGAAUCGUUUCCGUUCAAGGAAAAGUUUUAAAAACUGUAGGAGAGGGUUGUUUUCGGAUGCCUUUCGACUGUGUGUACUAUGAGGAUAAAAUCUUUGUGUCUGAUCGUGAAGGCCACAAGGUCAAGAUUUACAACAAAGAUGGACAACUUUCGCAUGAGUUUGGUGGGCGUGGGACUAGAGACGGGGAACUGUACCACCCAACUGGACUAGCAGUGGACAAAACAGGACACCUCUUAGUCUCUUCAGAGCAUAGUCACAAGGUACAGCUGUUCACUUUCACGGGCAGAUUUGUGUCAAAAUUUGGUUCCUCUGGAAAAGAAUUAGGACAACUUGGUCGGCCCACUUCUAUAUCUCUACUCAAAAGCGGUCAUAUCGUUGUUUGCGAGUACGGAAAUGAUCGCUUGCAAAUUUUUGCGGAAUUAUUCAAUCUAAAUCAGGAGAUUACGUACGCUAUGCGUUUUACUAUGACAACGAGCUCCAAGGAUGAGCCGUUCCCUGUAGUUCUAAGAACUAGUUGCUUAAUAAUCAUACUUUUGUGCAACCUGAACAUUUCUCUUCACCCUAGUCGUUUGAAAAUGGAUGUUCCAACUCUGAUGCACAACCUAAGGGAAGAAGUAACCUGUUCUGUAUGUAUUCACUUGUUUAAAGAACCCAAACAACUGCCAUGUUUGCACAUUUUCUGCCUUGAAUGUCUGAACGGCUUGGCAAGGACAAACGCUCGCCAAGGCAAGAUUAAAUGUCCUCUCUGCCAGAUUGAGGUCGCCGUGCCCGAUAAUGGCUUAAUGGAAACUCUGCCAGACUGUUUCUACUUGAAAAAUCUGCUGGACAUUCUGGCCAUCAAAGAAUGCAACACAUCGAAAGUGACAUGUGGAAACUGCGAUAAGAAAAGCGAUGAAGCAUCUUAUUGCUUUCAUUGUAGCAAGUUCUGGUGCAAGGAAUGUUUGAUCGCACAUAACAUUUUAAAGGAAUACAAAGAGCAUCGUGUGUUAUCCCUCAAAGAUUUUCAAAAAGAGGACUUUGAAGAUGUCAUUAGACGACCAGCAUUUUGCCCCAAAGAUUUCCACGAGAGAAAAGUGCUGAAGUUUUAUUGUAAAGUUUGCCAAGUUCCCGUCUGCAAAAAUUGUUUGGCUUUGGAACACUGCAAACAUGAUGUGGAGCCACUGGAAAAAGUUUUUACUUAUGUUAAGAACAGUAUCGCGUCUAAGCUUGAAGAUACUAAGAAAUUAUCCGAUACAAUUGCAAAACAUGUUCGUGAACGCGAGGAAGAGGGUCUUCUACUUGAAAAUCGUUCCCAAACUAUAAAACUACAGAUACAACAAACGGUCAAAAAUAUUGUUCAGACUCUGCAAGAACAAGAGCGAGGAUUAGUUACUGACGUAGAAAAUCAAACUAAGGAAGCACAAGAAAAACUUAUGAAAGAAAAAGAAGAACUUCGAGAUCACCUGUCGAGGACCGAAGAUAUCGUUUCACAAGUAACUCGCCUUCUCAAACGGAGCACUGGAGCAGAAAUUGUCAGGACAAAAACAUCGGUGGAUGAAAUAUUUCAAGGGCUCAAUGAUCCACCCGAGAUUCCACUAUCCAGAAAUAUAAAAAUUCUUCAGACUGUAUUCUUGAAAAACCAAGAAAUCCUCGACAGACUAAAAGAAGAGAAACUUGGUCGCCUGUUUGAAACUGGAACUGCUGUAGACCAAUCUUCACUACAAUUAUGUGAAGAAGCUACAGCGGGGUUAGAAUCAAAGUUUAAAGUUAUCACGCGGAACUCACUGAAAGAACAGUACUAUUGUCCAGGGGACUAUAUUACUGCAGAAAUCAAUUCAGCUCAGAGCAGAAAAACUGCCGCAGAUGUGAGAAUCAUUGACGAAAAUGAUGGCAGCUACGCAAUUUCCUUUAUUCCAAGUGAAGCUGGACAGCAUCUAGUGACUGUUACAGUAAACGGUGAAAAGCUGAAGGAGUUUCCACCAAUUGACGUAAGAGAAAGAACCUUCAAGCACAUCGGAUUUAUGGUACUAAAACAUGAUGUUCAGCCUUGGGGAGUGACUGUUAACAAUUUAGACGAGAUUUUUGUCACUGAUAUAAAGAAUAACCGAAUUCUGGUCCUUGACAAAGAUGGACAGUUCAUCAGGUCCUUUGGGCAAAAUCAGGUUAAUAGUCCCACAGGGGUAUGGAUAGACAAUGAAGGUAGGAGUUAUGUGGCUAACAGAGGCAGUAACAAAAUAUCACUCUUUCACCAAAAUGGUGAGUUAAUUUCAGCUGUACCUAUAGACGGGUCACUAAGAAAUCCUCGGGGAAUAUGCUUUGAUCCAAUGGGCAAUCUUGUUGUUUGUGAUGCUGGGAAUAAGUGUGUCAAGAUUUUUUCUCCUGACAGUAACAUUCUUAGGACAGUAGGAAAGUGCUGGUUACAAAUGCCAUUUGACUGCCUGUGUUAUGAUUUUAGAAUCUUUGUAUCCGAUCGAGAUGCUCAUCUCGUUAAAGUUUACAAUGAAAAGGGGCAGUUUUUAUACGAAUUCGGCAGAUUUGGUACAGGGGCUGGAGAACUUAAUCACCCAACUGGACUGGCAGUGGACAAAACAGGUCACCUUUUAGUCUGUUGUGAAAAUCACGAUGCCGUGCAAAUAUUUACGCUGAAUGGACAAUUUGUUGGCAAGUUUGCUGGAGAUGAAUCGGACCUAAGACAAAUUAAACGGCGUACUUCAUUGACAGUAUUGAAAAGUGGUCGCAUAAUUGUUUGUGAGUUUGACAACUAUCGCUUGCAAAUUUUGGCGUAACCCAAAAUAUGUUCGAAAAAAUCGUGUUAAAUCCUCAGACCACAGGAAAGUUCAAUUUUCUAACUAUCAGUUAAAUUUUCCUUGUUUAUGAUUCAGAGUUUUUUUAAAUCACAAAUAGAAUUUCCGAACAAUCACAUGUAUUUAGUGUAACACUGUAAAAGCAUCAAGUAACUGUAGACAUGGCAUCUAAUCUUGUUUUAAAAUCAUGAGUUAGGGAAUGGUUGUAAGAUUGAUUACAACAUCGACAGAUCUACUUGUACCCUUA